AUGGCUCGAUCCGGGGUCAAGACGCGUAUGCUCAUUCUAUCCGACACCCAUGGGCUGCCUCUGGAGGACAAACUGCCCAAACAGCCGAUUGAUGUGGCCAUUCACUGCGGCGACUUGACAGAAGAGUCCAAACUGGACGAGUUUCGUGUAACUCUCCGGAAUCUUCAAGCGAUUGAUGCGCCUCUAAAACUUGUCAUCGCGGGCAACCACGACUUCACACUUGACACCCCGGUUUUUAGAAAGAUUCUUGAGGAAGCAACCCCAAGCAUCGACGAGCAACUGAUGAGAAAAGAGUACGGGGAAUACGAUGAAGCGAGGGGACUCUUUAUGGAGGCUCAGAGCCAAGGCAUCCGAUUUCUCGACGAAGGGACUCAUCGAUUUCUACUUGGCAACGGAGGAACUCUAUGUGUUUAUGCGAGCCCCUGUACCCCUUCACUUGGCGAAUCGGGAUUCCAAUACCAUCCAAGUCAAGGUCAUUUCUACGACAUCGAGGAGGACACGGACAGUGUCAUCACUCACGGACCGCCACAGGGCAUCAUGGGACAGAACACAUUCACGGGAAAGGGCUGGCUCUUCGGAUCUCUUCGCAGCCGUCGCCCGAGCACGGCCAAGGCUCCAUUGCUUCGGUCACAUCCAUGA